GAGACGUCUUUCACAUGCGUGUUGGUUUUAUGUUAUAUCAGGAACUCAACUGCAGUUUUAUUAACGACACGUUUAUGAACAAUCAAAUGGUCCUCGUAAAAAUUUAUUGAAGGACAUAAAAGCAUGCACGACCACUUGACGAAUAUAGCCGCAGUUGUGGUGCGUUUUCAGGCGUCUUACUAUUCCCACCGCCCCGAUUUGUUUAAAACUCCAUUUUAUGAGGGAUAUCCCAAUUGUAUUUAUUUGAAACUCGUGGAAAACAGAACUUCAGUGCGUAAAAGCAACCCUCUAGACAACACAAGAGCCGUAUAUUUGUCAAAAGUAUUCCAUUGGGUCCUUUCCAAUUAUAUAGAAUUAAUAGUGAAACUGAGAAAGAAAUAUACAACAUUUUCUUUUUUCUAAUUGUUUUAAUAAAUAACAUUGUGCAGUGAGGGAUGCGCACAAGGCUAGCCACAGCACAGUAGCAUUCUCUCGACAGAGAUUGAUUACACCAACAAAUAGUGCCCUUUUUAAGACCGUUAACACACACACUCUGCUGCUUCGCAAGGCUACAAAUAACUAUUUACCUGGAUCAGUUGCAUCACAAUAUACUAGAAACACACCAUCUUCAUAUAUUUAGGCUCGAUGCAAAAAAAAAGACAACAUUAGUAUUUAGCAACCUACUGCAAGCUCGAAGUGCAUUGCUGUUCCAGGAGAACGCGCGCAUUGUUCUGCUGUGCAGUUUUUCAGGGGGUAAAUGCAAUCACGUGUUCCAUCGGCGUCCAAUCCCAGCUGGGGAAGCUUUCUGAAAUAAUUACCUGUCUUGAUUGUUCUACGGUCAGAUAAAAAAGUACACAUACACUCCAUAUAAUAAUCGGAUGCAUGUAAAAGAGAAGGGAAACAUCGCCAUGUCGGCUACGGGUCCCAUAAGUAAUUAUUAUGUGGAUUCCUUGAUCAACCAUGAGAGCGAGGAUGUUCUGGCGAGUCGUUUCACAGCCACUGGUCCGAUAUCCUCCAGCUCACGCCCGACGCCCCUGGUACCGGAAUGCGCGGAUUACCCGUCUUGCAGCUUUGCCCCGAAACCACCAGUCUUUACUACCUCGUGGGCCCCUGUUCACUCCCAGUCGUCAGUGGUUUACCAUCCAUACACUCACCAACCUCACCUAGGCACAGACUCAAGGUACGUUCGCUCUUGGCUGGAGCCUAUCCCCGGCACCGUGUCUUUUCCAGGAUACGCAGGGAAUAGCAGGCACUACGGGCUGAAGCCCGACACCUUCCAGGAUCCCCGUGCUGGAGACUGUUUGGGCUCGAACGGACGCACUUACACGGAUUAUCUCUACUGCUCCGCCGUCGACAUUCGAGAAAAGCAACAGAACACACCAUCGCCUGAGACGGAGAGUUUGUCUUCCGGGAAGCACAAAGACGACAAGCCUGAAUUAGACCCAAAUAAUCCUGUGGCAAACUGGAUCCAUGCGCGCUCAACUCGAAAGAAGCGUUGUCCAUACACCAAGUAUCAAACACUCGAACUCGAAAAGGAAUUUUUAUUCAAUAUGUACCUCACAAGAGACCGGCGAUAUGAGGUAGCAAGGGUGCUGAAUCUGACGGAGCGACAAGUCAAAAUCUGGUUCCAGAACCGACGGAUGAAGAUGAAGAAAAUGAACAAAGAAAAAAACGACCGUAAAGAACAAUAGACCAAAAGUCACUCAUCAGAAAAAGACUGAAGGAAAAUCAUCAUUUAGUAUCGUUAUGAGUCUUAAUAUUUGCACCUCCGGCCCAUAACAGGAACAGAGAAAACGAAAAAGCUAUCCUAUAUGGAUGUCCUUCAAAACGUUAUGAUAUAAGUAUGAUUUAAUGUAAAUGUAAUUUUACCAUCCUGACGUAAGUCAUAUUAAUACUAUAAGUAGUUUGGAUUUACAUAACAUUUCUUUACUCACAAAUACAAAAGUGGACUCUGCAGAGAGGCUGCCCCGAGGUUUCAGAGAGAAAAUACUUGAACUACUUUAUUUUCAAAUUCCUAAUUUAUGCUCUCUACGUGGUUGUUUCUUUUCUAUAUGCUUCCAUUAUUUGUAGGAGGGUUGAAAGCCGAAUAUUUUAUAAAGAAUAACAAUUCUGUAGUUAAAAACAUAUACGUGUUUGCGUCGAUGUGCUUAGUUUGUUUCUGAUGUACCUGUUUGUGUAUUUUACAUUCUUUAAACUGUAAAUGAGUUUCAUCAUAGAUUGUAGAUAUAUCCAAAUAUAUACAACCAUGUUAAUAUGACUUUUGUGUCUCAUUCCAUUUAUUUGACCGCAGAAGGCAUGCAGUUUUCAAGAACGAGUUAAAUGUGUGCUAUCCAGUUAUAGCAUAGUGUUUGGCCUUACACAUACAAUGUUCUCAUGUGGAAAGUAUCGAGGUUGGAGUAAGUGUACGAUGGCAAGGCCAUUGUAAAGAGGUUGUUAGUGUGACCGUCGAAAUAUCAAAUUUGCACAUCCCACAAAGAUCAAAUACC